AUGGUUGAAUUUAGUCUGAUACUCAUCGAUCACACUGAGUUAUAUUUCAGUUCAUUUAUAACACAAUUCGGUUACAUAUCCAAACUACAUGUCAAACUUAUAUGUCCAUUAGUUGGAACACAAAAGGUUAAAUCAUGGUUAUGGCGUGAACCUGUAUUGCCUAGUUCAACAGAAUAUGCUCAACUGCCACAAGGACGUCCACCUAGUCGUACAGUUACAGCUAAUCAACCUGGUUUACAUGAAGGUAAACAUGUCGAGAUUGGUCCAAAUUUAUUAUGGGCACGUAUCGUUGAUCCAUUGUCACCGGAAGCACCAGUUAAAUUAUGGUGUCAAUUUAUUAUGCCUUCACCAUGGGAAAAUAAAGAUCCAAUUAUUGCUUAUUAUGAAAUUGAUUGGGAAUUAUAUGAACCAAUAUCACCACAAAUUUAUAUUCUACCAGAUGAUAAACAAUUUCAUUUGAAUUAUGAUGAAUUCAAUCAAAAUUUCACUAAAUCUAUUCAACCACCCAAUCAACAACAACAACAACAAGAUCAUAACGCAGCUAAUGCUUAUCGUAUUAAUACACAAAUUGAUCAUUUGUCCAAUACAAAACAUACUAAUCAAUCGUCAUCAUCUAUACUAUCAUUACUAGAGAAUAAACCAGCCCGCAUAGUCUGUCGAUUUCGAUCGAUACCACUGACUGGUGGUGCCAGUGGCGGCGGUGGUGUUGUCAAUGGUAUACCAUCGAAUAAUUCACAGCCGAAUGUAUUCUUACAAUUACAAAAUGUCUAUUGGUAUCGUAAUGGUCAGCCAGUGCAUGUUCCACCAUUCUAUGUCGAUAAUUCAUUGAUACAUCCAUAUGGUCUGUCCAUAUUAUCUGUACGUGCUUAUCCAACUGGAUUGAAUUUUAGUAAUAAUAUUAAUGAGAAAUUUGCCGCCACAACAAUGAUAAUGAAUUCAGCUGGAGAUAAGAAUAAAUUACCAUCUAUUGAACAUUUAACAUGUUCUGUAAUAAGUCGUGUGAAAGAAACACCAAUUUAUAAAGUAACUACAAAUGCAAGUUUACAAACUGAAAUUAUUCUUGUGCCACGUAUAAUACAUACAGAAUUAUUAUCAGCUGAACGAAGUUUAGAAGAUGCUAUUAAAUUAACUUGUACAACUAUAGCUAAUGGACCACCAAAUAUGCGUAUUGAUUUUGCGGCGACAGAUCAACCAUCCGUGAAAAAUGGUUUAACUCAAUGGGAACCAUUAAAACUACGAUAUGGUUUGAAUAUUAGACCAAGACAAGUGGAUCCAAGCAAUCCAUUGAUACAUCGUCUUGUGAUUGAUAUUUCUGGUAAAUCUAUAACUUUUAUUGAAUUCAUCUUGUUCAUAUUCUCCUUCUAUACACAAACUGAAUCUUGUAAACCAAAUGCUGAUGGACAAUUUACAAGUUUAGAAUUAGGCAGUGCAUCGAAUGUUACCUCUGUAGUUGGAAGUGAUGUCUAUUUUAUUUGUUGUGGUGGUUUAAGAUGGACAUAUGAAGUAGAAGAUGAUUAUACAAGUCGAGAGAUUGGAUCACAUCCAUACGCAUCAAUUGGUUCAGUAAAAUUACCAACUAAUAAUAAUAAUAAUAAUAAUCUCCAAUCAAGUAUCAGUGCAAUGAAUAUGAAUAGUCAUUUCAAAGAUUCAUCACAUUUACAACAACAAACAAUACCGACUACAGUGUAUACAAUGCAUGAUGAUAAAGGUCGACUAAUAUUACGUAUAGAUAAUGUUGAUCUACAAGAUAUGGGACAUUAUAAAUGUCAUGGACAAACGACAAGUUUAGAUGUUUAUUUAGUAGUAGUUAAUAAAAAUUAUCCAGAAGAACCACAUAAUAAAACAUUACCACGAAGUGGAAGUAUGCUAUCACAUUAUAUGAUGUUUUCAUCGGAUCAAUUAAAUAAUGUCAAACUUAUAUGUCCAUUAGUUGGAACACAAAAGGUUAAAUCAUGGUUAUGGCGUGAACCAGUAUUGCCUAGUUCAACAGAAUAUGCUCAGCUGCCACAAGGACGUCCACCAAGUCGUACUGUUACAGCUAAUCAACCUGGUUUACAUGAAGGUAAACAUGUCGAGAUUGGUCCAAAUUUAUUAUGGGCACGUAUCGUUGAUCCUUUGUCACCGGAAGCACCAGUUAAAUUAUGGUGUCAAUUUAUUAUGCCAUCUCCAUGGGAAAAUAAAGAUCCAAUUAUUGCUUAUUAUGAAAUUGAUUGGGAAUUAUAUGAACCAAUAUCACCACAAAUUUAUAUUCUACCAGAUGAUAAACAAUUCCAAUUGAAUUAUGAUGAAUUCAAUCAAAAUUUCACUAAAUCUAUUCUACCACCCAAUCAACAACAACAACAACAACAACAAGAUCAUAACGCAGCUAAUGCUUAUCGUAUUAAUACACAAAUUGAUCAUUUGUCCAAUGCAAAACAGACCAAUCAAUCGUCAUCAUCUAUACUAUCAUUACUAGAGAAUAAACCAGCCCGUAUAGUAUGUCGAUUUCGAUCGAUACCACUGACUGGCGGCGGCGGCGGUGUUGUCAGUGGUAUACCAUCGAAUAAUUCACAGCCAAAUGUAUUAUUACAAUUACAAAAUGUCUAUUGGUAUCGUAAUGGUCAGCCAGUGCAUGUUCCACCAUUCUAUGUUGAUAAUUCAUUGAUACAUCCAUAUGGUCUUUCGAUUUUAUCUGUACGUGCUUAUCCAACUGGAUUGAAUUUUAGUAAUAAUAUUAAUGAGAAAUUUGCCGCCACAACAAUGAUAAUGAAUUCAGCUGGAGAUAGAAAUAAAUUACCAUCUAUUGAACAUUUAACAUGUUCUGUAAUAAGUCGUGUGAAAGAAACACCAAUUUAUAAAGUAACUACAAAUGCAAGUUUACAAACUGAAAUUAUUCUUGUACCACGUAUAAUACAUACAGAAUUAUUAUCAGCUGAACGAAGUUUAGAAGAUGCUAUUAAAUUAACUUGUACAACUAUAGCUAAUGGACCACCAAAUAUGCGUAUUGAUUUUGCGGCGACAGAUCAACCAUCCAUGAAAAAUGGACUAACUCAAUGGGAACCAUUAAAAUUACGAUAUGGUUUGAAUAUUAGACCAAGACAAGUGGAUCCAAGCAAUCCAUUGAUACAUCGUCUUGUGAUUGAUAUUUCUGAUUUAAAACGUAAUGAUCAUGGUGUUUACCGAUGUACUGUAUCGAAUCAAGCUGGUGAAACACAUGCGAUUGGACAUGUUUUAGUACAUUCCGAACCACAAUUAGAAUUAAUCUCCAUAGAACAUAAUUAUUUUCUUGGGCAUAAACCAUGGAAAGCAUCAUGUAUUGUAAAAGGUUAUCCAUUAGCUGGACAAAUUAAUCAGCCACAACAUCACCAACAACCGAAGAAGAACAAUCCUAAUCAGGAUGAUGAUGAUGAUAAGUUGAUUGAAACAAUCGAAAAGUCAACUGUUGACAAAAGAGAGGAAAAUGAUAGGGAUGAAGUUCAAUCAAACCAUCACACUGGUACACCAUCUACAUCAUCAUCGAUAAGAAUGAAAAUUUUCAAUAUUGAAGGUGAACCAUUGGAUCGUGUAGAAAUUAAUCAAAUUGAUUAUAAAUCAGGAAAAUUUACUGGAAUUAAUGCUACUUAUGAAGUUCACAUGAAUCAACGUUAUGGACGUGAAGCUAUUGUACGCUGUGAAUAUACACAUACAGAUAAUAGAACAAUUUAUCGUGAAACAUUUCUACGUGAAGCAACUAAACCAACUGCACCGAAUAUCACUGUUCUAUGUACUGGUCCACGUGCAAUUGUAUUUGGAAUAACAAAUCCAAAAUUAAAACCUGAUAAUAUGCCUACAGAACGUAUUGUUACACAGAAAGUUAUCUUUGCACCAGCUAAUACAUUUCAUUUAUCAUCAACAUUAGCCAGUUUAUCAGUUUACUUAGAUUCUGAAGGUCAACCAUCAGCAUCACCAGCCAAUCAUAAUGAUCCAUUGAAUAGAACCAUUUUAACAUCAAUUAGUUCACAACCACAAACUGCUGUAAUUUCAGUGAAAAAUUUAAUACCUGAUACAGAAUAUGUAUUUGAAUGGUCAUCAGGUAAUGAAUUCGGUUUAAGUGUUAUGAUACAAUUUACAUUAUGGACUAAAAAACUUGAAACUGCACCAACAAUUAAAAAUGUUGUCUUCUUAAGUCCUACAUCACAAUAUCUUCGAUUCUCUACAUUUCUACGUGAUCCAUGCCCAUAUGAAGGUGGUGCUAGACCGGAACUAUCCGAUUUAUUAGUACGAUAUCGUUUAGCUAAAUCGAAUUCAACUUAUGAUCCAACACAAUACAUUGGUUAUGGUGAAUGGUCUGAUAUUGAAGUGUGUAGAAAUUUAGUAUCAGCUUCAACAUUGGAUAUCCAAUCGGCAAAUGCAGAAAAUGGUAAUAUUAUCGAUCCGACAGAAGAAGAUGAAUAUACUGGUAUUAAAUGGGCUGGUGAUAAUCCAAUCCCAUGUGAAAUCCCUGUAUCUGAUACGAAAGUGAUGUAUGAAAUUGAAGUUGCUACAAGAAAUCGAUUUGAAAAAUCUGAAUGGUUUCAAACAUUUUAUCGUCCAAAUGCUGUUGUCUCAGCUGCAUUAUUCUGUUAUCCUAAAUGUUCAGCUAUCAUCAAUUGCAAUAUAUCGGGAACAUUAUUAAUUAUUGCUUUAAUAUUUCUUUGCACAUUUAUUCAUCGAUUCUGA